AUGUCUACUAAAAGAGCGCUCUCUAAGUCCCAACUUGAUACUGUCCUUCAAGUAAUCAAAAACGCUUAUCCUCCCGCUUAUGCGGAUGCAUCAUGGGACAAUACCGGGCUCCUCAUUGAUUGUUCCGUCGAAACUUCUCAAGCAAAACCAAACGUGCUACUCACAGUCGACCUAACUGCAUCUGUCGCCCAAGAGGCUAUUGAAAAGGGAACAAACCUAGUGGUGGCCUAUCACCCAUUUAUUUUCCCUUCCUGGAAGAGCAUCAAUCCAUGGGAUAAUACACAGCACCGCUCUGCUAUAUCAUUAAUCCAACAUGGAAUUAGUGUAUAUUGUCCACAUACAUCUGUUGAUGCUGCCUCUAAUGGUGUCAACGAUUGGCUAGCCCGCUCACUUGUUUCCGACCCUUGGGAGGUUGACAGCUCGGUUGCCAUUGAGCCUGUUAAGCCAGUUAAAGGGGAAGAACCGGAGGCUAUUGGAUAUGGUAGGCUUGUGCGCUUUCAAAAGCCGCUACAGCUGAGCGUAAUUAUUGCGAAUAUCAAGAAUGCUCUAGGGAUAUCCCAUGUACAGGUGGCAACGAAGACACCAUUGGCCUCGAAAAUGGUGAGUUCAGUAGCACUUUGUGCAGGUAGUGGGUCUGGGGUAUUUAAAAAGUUAACUGAAGAUGUUGAUUUAUAUUACACAGGUGAACUCUCACAUCACGAAGUCCUCCGUUUAUGUGAAGAGGGAAAAUCUGUUGUCCUUUGUAACCACUCUAAUACUGAGCGUGGCUACAUAAGAGAAAUUAUGCACAAUAUUCUCACUGAUGCAGGUUUACAAUGCGAAGUCAGCGAUACCGACUGCGACCCCCUACAUACUGUAUGA